CCCAACAAGCUCGAUAGAAAUCGAGCAGUGGCACUUGUACGUGGGAGCGCAUUAAUCUUGAUUUUCAAAGGAAUAGCUACCCUGAACCUAGACUUAUUUCAACAUUUCUCAACACAUAAUCCUUAAAAGCUAAAUGUGGACUAUUUAAAUGCAAGGCAUGGUAUUUGGGAUAUGCUAAAACCUUAUUUCUGACUCCUGCCUCAGCAACAGACCUCUCUCUGCCUGGUCUCUGGCUGUCUCAAUUUUGGCCCUGGCUCGACUCGACUGACAUUUCUGCAAAGGGCUUCGGUUCAUGGUGUUAUUUUUACUAAAUUCUCGGGUUCCUGGGUGUCGUUUUUGUCAUCUGAAAAAGGUAACUAAGGUUGGAAUAUAUGGGACAGUGUCUGCUCUUAUCCGUUAUCAACUCUGGGAUGAUGUCAUGCUGACGGAUCCUGCAACUAUGAGUUCUAAGGUCGCAGCAGCUGCAGUUAGUGUCAGCCAGAACUCACGUCAUCAUAUCAUGACCAGAUCCAUCCAGAUUUGUCCAAUAGCAGAUUCUGUGAACUGAAAGUGAAACGUCUCCAUUGGUCUGUGAGAGAGGUAGCUUGGGCAACUCUACUUCAAGUUCCCUCAGACCACUCAUCCCAAUGUCCCCAGGACCCCCCACGACUACCAUGGCCUCCUCACAAAGACUGAUGAAAAUGGGGUUUUAAACAUGUCGGCAAUAAACAGGAUGGGGACGAAGGGCCUCAAAAGUCUGGUUCCACAGUGAACCUGUCCACGGAAGAGGCAGGCGACGGUGGGAUUGGCAGUUAGCAGUUCCGGCAGCGAAGCUGUUGUAGCUCAUCCUCUCUUGGUUGGUCAGUUUACUCCUGAGAGACCCCAGGAUGACGCACACUAGUCUGAGCGCUCUGACAGACUUGUGAUAUCUCACAUCGCAAGGGUGUAGUUGUGAGGACCUAAGGAGUGGACAAUGAACAGAACCAAGAAGGAGGGGCUGUGUGCUGAGGGGAAGCAGCCCCCGGCUGAAGUCCCUAUAGGUUGGCAGCGCAGAAUCACCCACAGCGGGGUUGUCUACAUAAGUCCCAGUGGCUUAGUCCUAGCCUGUCUGGAGCAGGUGAAGAGCUACCUGCUGACUGAUGGCACCUGUAAGUGUGGCCUGGAGUGUCCUCUCAUCAUUCAUAAGAUAUUCAACUUUGACACCGGGGCGGCUGUCAAGCAGAGGACUGUUGAGGAUGCCAGAGCCGAUGCUAAUGUCACCAAGCUGUGUAUCCACAAGAGGAAGGUCAUCACCGUGGCAACCCUGCGCAGGAGCAUGGAGUCACCACACCCUGCUCUGGCCAGUGUUGGCACUGGCGCUGCAGCUAUGGGUCCUUUGAGUCAUCAAGCAAUAAGGAACAAUAUGCACAAUGGUCCACCCAACUCUGUGGCUCUUGAUGGCAGGAAUCCCAACAAGACAGGAAUGUCAGUUUCUGGUCAACAGUACUAUAACCAUGAACUGGAUUCUCCCCCUCAGAGGGAUCUGUACUUGGGGUACAGCAGGACAAGGCUGGGGGGCAGCGAACACAGUAGCCAACAACGGUCACCCUAUCACAGCCGCCACAGUGUCCUGCUCAGCCCCUCCUCCUCCAAUUCAUGUUGCUCACAGCAUUAUGGUGAUAGGGCUCCCUCCCCAAGGACUGAACCUCUGGGGAGUCCUGACCCCAAUAUGCUUGGUUUUCAUGGAGCUUGCAGCCCAGGCUCUGUCCAUAUGAACGGUGAUCGUUUUACCCAUCUCUCACCACCCAGUAUCCUGCACCACGGCUCGCCUUCGGCCUCCCAGCCCUCGUGUGCCAUGUCAGGAAGGACUAAUGUACCAAAUUCCCCUGCCGUCAAUGCCAAAAGCCUCAAUUUGCAGCCCUCCUGCAGCUUCCCCCACGACUUUCAACACAAGCCCCAGCCUGCAUGCCACCCACAGUCGCACUUUUCCCUGUCUCAGCUCCCUCCCUGCAUCCUGCAGAAAAAGCAGGUGACCUCUGAGAAGGACCCUCUUGGUAUCCUGGACCCAAUUCCAAGCAAGGCUCCUAGCCAGGGUCCCUUAGUGCCAAACAUAUCUGGCCUCCAACACAAUGCCCAAUCUCAGGUACCACCAAUGAAUGUAAACAUCCCCCCUGCCAGUGUCCCUUUGCCCAGCAACCUGCCCUUGCCAACUGGGAAGUCUGGACCUGUUGGGCAUGGCCAUAGGGUCCAGCACCACCCUACCCUGUCAUCCGCCUCAUCCUCACCUAUCAUGUCCCCAGCACAUAUGGCUGGGCCUGUCCUCGCCAAGGUGGAGUCACCCCACCGCUCACGUUGCUUAUCCAGUUCUUCUGAACAUGGUAGCUUCGCUCACCCCACAAGGGGGCUCCAGGUUCCUUGUGGGGGUUCAAAGCCACUUCCCCGGUCCUCUCAGGCCUCCUCGGGGUCCCCUCGACCUGCAAUGCCACAAGGUUCUGCAUAUAAGAUGGACAAACUCCAUCACUUGAACGAUACCCCCAACCAACUGCCAGGGGGGAUGAACAUUGGUCUAAGCAGGCAUCCCAACUCCAUGUACCGUCCAGCUCCCGGAUCUGAUAGUAUCAUUCAAAAGAAUCACUCGGUAGGAAUGCCCCUUAACCAGAUGUUAGAUCAGCAGAAUCCUGCUUCCUUCCCAGCAAGUAGUCUACUUUCAGCAGCAGCGAAAGCACAGCUAGUUAAUCAAAACAAACAUACCGACAGCACAUUGGGUGCAGGCGCAGAGGCUCGCAGUGGCAGCAGUUUGGGACACCCAGGGCUAGUUGGUGGAGGAAGAGGUGGGAACCUAGAUGGACACAGCACUUUAAACCAGAGAUAUCUACCUAAUCCUGGGCCGUUGGCGAGCGAAUUUCAAAGCGGAAGAGCAGCACUAAGAGACAAACUCAUGGGUAUGGUUCAGCAAAGAGAGGCAAAUCGCAAGCGCAAACUGUCCAGUGAUGGCAGCAGUGGUGGCAUCAACAAUGACAGGGCUUUCGACGUGCUCAAGCAUCCGAUGGGUGGCUCUGGAUCUAGUUCAUCUAGCUUUCCAGAGACUUUGAGGAGAAUGUUGCAGCAGGGUUGUUUGCCCCCAAACACCUCCAUGGCCCAGCUACUCCAGUCCAUGAGCCACCAAAGUGCCCACAAUGAGCCAAGCCACGUGGGCCAAAGCCCGGCCAAAUCUGGCAAAUCUCCCUUCUUGGAGGAAGCUUUGCCUCAGAUGUCGACUUUGCAGCAGAGCUUGCAGGGGCAUCAAAUCCAGGGCAGAGCGAAGAUCCGUGGCUUCCAGAACAUGAACAGUGAUGGUCAGAUUUCAGGCCAGGAUCUAAACAUGGAGCAGUUCAACAGGCCAAUAAAUCAAAUGCAGGACCCCACCUUAACUGGAAACUUUGGGGUGUUGGGUUACAAUGGUGGACAACAUGCAGCCAUGGUGUCGAUGCAGGGAAACCCAAACCCUCACCAGCAGCAGCAGUUUGGACUUUAUCAGAAACCAUCCCAGGCGCAAGGCAACCCCCACUUCAGAGGCAGGGCAGGAUUGCCUCCCAUGAUGUCCAAUGGCGGGGUCCAAGCCCUCUCUGAGUCAGGUGAGGUCAGUAGUUCUCUGAGCUGUGAGCUGAGGCAGGCCCGAGAGGAGAGUCUUCAAUCUCUCAUCAGGAACAGCCAGGCCCAUACACUGCAACAACAGAGACUGCAACCACUUGUUCAGGGCCAACAUCAGGGUCUGACCCAGGGUCCUGGUCAGCACUACAUGCAGGGCCAGCAGCAGCAUAGAUUCCAGUGCCAAGGCUCCCACCCUGAUGCCCCUCUCCCUGAUGAUGCCUCCUCCAACCCCAUGAACAGCCUCCUUCAGAGCUUCCAGGUGGAUUUGCCUGAGACGAUUCCACUGCCAAACAGAACUAUGAUGAGUCGACCGGGGAUGAUGUCCAUGUCCCAACCCGGUGCCCCUUGUCACCAGAACAGUCAUCAAGAAUACCAGGCUGCCGAGGACCUUCCAGGUGGUGGGGGAGAAGUUAUUGAUACCAUCCACAGGGCAGCGAUGGGCACGGCCAGCAAGAGCGCGUUUAAUGUCAUCACAUCAACUGGUGCUAGCGGUACCUUCGCUUCUUCUGUUGUCGGCGAGCCUGUCGACCUCUCCCAUGCGGUUAACUCUGUCAUUCAUGGCCCCCUUCGCUCAUAUCAGGAGCCAGUGCUAGAGCCCCGACACCAACCCAAGGUGGGUCGGCCACGCAAGAAGACCCCUGAAAGGAACAACAGCUUCUCUCCUGUUGCUAUGGAAGCUCCUGCCAGAUUCCGCUCGCCGCGACACGGAGCCCAGAGAAGACAAUGGGAUGGGCAGGCGGAGGGCCAGGAGCAGGCUGGUCUGUGGCGUAAUGACGAGCUCCUCCAACUGCUUUCCUUAGCCCAGAGCAGAAACGGCACCUACCCAGAGAGGCCCAAAAGUCAGGCCCAGGUCCACUUUGGCCCUCAGGACCAAACAACACUGCACUUCCCCAGUGACUUGUAUGCCCAUAUGAACGGCAACGGUAGGGUCCUCACCUCGGGAAGACUACAUUCCAGACACCCCAGCCUGUCCCCUGGUUCUUCCUCUGUCCCACCAGAGGGCCUUUUUACCAAGGAUUACAGCCACUACAACGAACAUCUGAACGGCCAACUCAAUGGGAACCACUAUAAUGGGCAUUACAAUGGGCACCUGAAUGGGAGCCUGAGCGGCGAGGAAGACCUGAGGCCUGGGGACUCUCCCUCCUCCAGUGAGGGGCUCCCGCUCCACCACAGGCCCAGAACUCCGGCCCACUACCCGGGGGAUCUACUCUGGGGCCAGGGCAAAGGCUUCCCUCCAUGGCCAGGCAAGAUUGGGAGCGAGGGGCACAUGUACUCCCCUGGGAUGGUGAAUGACAUGCAGGGAAAGGUAGAGUCAGAGAAGUUCCAGAGGACACUAACAGAGGAUCUGGACACACUACAUAAAGCAAACAAGAUAACUAGAAAUGGUCGAAAAUGGAAUAACCACCUAGAGGCUGCUAUACAGGAGGCUAUGUGUGAGCUGGAUAAGAUGACAGGCAAUAAAAGAAAAAGCCAUCAAGGGAAGGAGUCUGAAAUAUGCCUCUAAGUUACAUUAUUUGUACUCCCAAAGUAAAAUUUAUUUUCUCUGAAUAUUUUUGAUAAACAGAUUUCCUGUGUUAUAUCUGCAAAAUGACUUUGACAGUAUAUGUUUGUUCAUUUAAAAAAAAAAAAGUUAUUGUAAAGUAUAGACUAAUUUCUGUGGUAUACAGUACAUGCAUUCUGAAAUGAAGUAUUCAAUAGCAACAGUUGUAAUAUACGGUUCUGCCACUAGUGUUUAAUCUACAAUUAUGUUCAUAUUUAAAUGGUGCAAAAAGUAUUAAGCUGUUUAUUUUCUCUAUCAAAUCAUGUAAUUGAGCAUUUCUGUGUUUUACCCUUGAAUGUGUCAUUUCAAGGGUCAAAAUGCCUUAAUAGUAAGGACUGCACAUUUACAGGCCAGAAGAGAUCUGUAGUAUACUCAUUGGUUUCCUUUGCUCUGCAAAACCAUUUUAAACGACCCAAGAAAGUAUGAGUGAACUUUGAUCCGAGCCUUAUAUCCAAUGCUACAAUCCCCAGCUGCCAAAGCUAUGCCGUAUCACAAGUUAGGACUUUAAGUUUCUAUUAUUUAUCUUUUUAAUAUUCUAUUGAAUUAGUGGCCUUCAUUUUGUUCAUUUUCAUUGUUUUUUGCUUUUGUACUUUAUAAUUUAUUUAUGAAUCACAUAUUUAUUUGUAGAUAUACAUUGGUUACUUAGCAAUAAUACUAAUGAGAGUUGUACGCUCUGAAAAGCCUUAGAGUAUUAUAUAUUUUUCUCUUAAAACAAAUGAACAGCCUAUAUAUGGAUAAAUAUUCCAUCAGUGGUUUAUAAAUAUACAUUUAUAUAUUUGUGUUUAUUUAUGAAGUGUUCAAUUUUGAACACUCAGUAUGUGCAUAUAGUGUUCUUUUUUUCUUACUUGUGUCAACACUGAGUAUAUACCCACGGCCUGAAGAAAUUGUAAAAUGUUCAUUUUACUUAAUACCCUGACUCAGGAGGGGCACCUUCUGAUUAGAUCAGUCUUCUGAUUAGAUCAGUCUUCUGAUUAGAUCAGUUUUCUGAUAUGAUCAGUCUUCUGAUUUGAACAGUCUUGUGAAAAUCUGAAAUUGUAAAACUGACAAAUGUACAUGUUUGUCUAAUUUUUAUUAUUUAACAUACAAUAUCAAGUCAUCUGUGUUCAAUCCUAACAGAACAACCCGGCAUCCUAAAAUCUAAUACUCGUUUUAAAACUUGGUAACCUAGCUAUGUCAUCAACAUUAUAUGCAUUCUGUUUAUAAUUAUAUUGCACUCUUAAUCCUAAAAUUGGGGGUAUAUGAAGAGAGCCCACCACUAGUCCAUGGACAAAGUAAAUGUUUAUUUAUGUCUUCCAUUUCAAACUUGUUGUCCAUUGUAGUGAUCUUGAGUGAUUGUGUUUAAUGGAAUAAAUGUUUUGCCCUCCUUAUUGAAACAAAAUAUAUUCUAAUAUUGUUUUGGAAUGAGUUAUUUAUUGAAUGUGGUUUUAAAUGUCAUUUUUAUGCUCUUUAUUUCAAAACAUAUGGUAAAAGCUGAGUGGCCCACAUUGUUUUUGAUGGUUUUACAGUGGGAAAAGAUUUUACAUUUUUGUAAAGUAUUUUAAUUUUAAAUGUGAUAUGCAUUGUUGGUCAAUUGGUAAUGUAACAGUCACUUAGCACCAACAUCAAAGUAUCUUUUGUACUUAUAGUUUUCAGUACAUCUUUCUGAAUAGAUAACAGCUGUAGCAUUUUCCUUUCCUGCUUCUCUAGCAGAAAUGUUUUACAUUUAGAAAAGUGUGCCUGAAAUUACACGCAGUAAAAGGUGGCUAUUAUGCUUUGUUCAAAAUCUUUUAAUGGUGUUUGUUCGAAAGGGAUUUACAAAUUUGACAAAGUAUUGCAUUCAUUUUGCAAUAAAAAAAAGUAUUCUAUCAA